AUGCCAGGCAAAGGUGGCGCCUCCGCGAGCUGCCAGGGGGCUCACGUCGUUGCUUGUUGCUCGAAGUUUGUGUGCAAGUCCUGUCAAGCCACGUUUGAGGAGAGGGAGCAGUUGCUGUCGCACAUGCAGAAGCAGCAUGCAGCUGUAGAAUGCUUCUUGUGCGGAAGGAGAUUUGGUCGACAACAAGACCUCGUGCGCCACACCAGGAUGAAGCACGACGCUGCUGACUGUUACUUCUGCCCCCUCUGCCCUGCCACAUUCUCGCUCAAGCGCGCCCUGCUGAAGCACAGCCGGAGACACGAGGACGAUGCGUACAAGCAAACGAGUUGCUUUGAUCUGUCCAUGAGGCCAGCCACUUUGCUUGCAUCGGAAGCCAACAGCCACAUCAGCGACUUCGAAACAUGGAGUGCCAGUGCGAACCAAGUCACAGACGACAUUGGAUUCCCAGAAUGCGAUGGAGCGAGCAUCUUGAAGUGUAGCCACUGUGACUUCACGAGCCAUGAUGCAACUGCACUCGUCACGCACCAGCAACACGCCCACGCAGUUGCCGAUCCGGGUGUACGCUACCAGUGCCACUUGUGCGAGUCCUCGUUUGUAUACCACAGACGCCUGCUGCGCCACCUGCAGAUGCACGCCAACUCGAACGCCGUUCGCUGCACCUAUUGCUCCAAGAAGUUCUCGAGCAGGAAACACCUUUCGCGCCACGUCCACACGAUGCACUUGAGCGUCCAGGUCCACCCCUGCCACUUGUGCCCGAGCAAGUUCUCGCGCAAGGACAACCUCGUUGCUCACAUGCGCAAGAACCAUCCCACGUUGCUGAGCGACGACGCAGUGUCUUGA